UAAAACAACAUGUGCUUUAUGUAAUCGAGGAGGAGAAGCAAGAAUGAUGCAGGGUAAUCUAGUUAAGUAUGAGCCAACAGAAGGUUUUGAUCCAUUUCAACAUAAUGAAGAACAAGCUCCAAGAGAUAAACGGACAGACAUUCUUGAAGAACCAGUUCUUGUUCGUCGUGGGCCUGGUAGACCCCCAUUCAAAGGGAGAAAAAAGGGUUCAGUUGUGAAUGUUCACAGUCAAUACGAAUCUUCUUUGGAUAUGGUAUUUUUUGGUACAACACAUGAAAGAGAAAUUGAAGAAUUAUUUGAAGUGACUGGUCAUACUUGGUGUCAUACAUGUUGUGCUCGUUGGUCAGAAGGUGUAGAGGAGGAGAACUCGCAUCUCAAAAAUGUUGACAAAGCUGUUUUCAAAGCCAUGGAUAAGAAAUGUGAUCACUGCAAUAAUUAUGGUGCAAGUGUGGCUUGUAGUGAAAAAAGUUGUUCUAAGAGAUUUCAUUACGUAUGUGCCUCUAGUGCUGGUUGUUUUCAGGAUGUGAAAACCAAAAUAGUCUUGUGUCCUGAUCAUCUUAAUCUUGUUGAAGAACUUGUCGGGGAUGACGCGAAAUGUGCUGUAUGUGACACCAUUGGCGACUUGAGUAAAAUGUUGUUUUGCUUUAACUGUUGGAGACAUUAUCAUGGAAAUUGUUUGCAACCUGAAGUUGAUGUUUCUCCAAUUGUUCGCAUGGCAUGGCAAUGUUCUCUAUGUAAAGUGUGCAAUGGCUGUGGAUCGUCAAGUGAGGAUUAUAAAAUGUUGGUGUGUGAUGUUUGUGACAAAGGUUACCAUUUUUCUUGUGCUAAACCUCAAGUGAACAGUGCUCCAAAAGAAGGAUGGAAAUGUGAGAAUUGCCGUCGUUGUCAAGAUUGCGGAUCUAGUACACCUGGAGCCGGUUCAACCUCAAGGUGGCACUUUAAUUACACUGUAUGUGAUAGUUGCUACCAGCAACGCAAUAAAGGACUAUCUUGCCCAAUAUGUGGCCGUGCCUACAGACAGUUUUCUGACAUACCAAUGGUUCAAUGUAAGAAAUGUGAAAAAUCAGUGCACAGAGAAUGCGAUCCUGCCAACGCAGAUAUGAUUCCCUACAGAUGUGGAAAUUGUAGAGGAGCCUCUAAACAGGAGGAGAAUAGAGAUUCAAAUUCAAUUCCUGUUGGAAUACCGUCAUCCAACAAGCUACCUUCUAGCGAAGGUUUACUGCCAAUUGACGAUUCUAGUGACAUCAACAUUAACUUAAUGUUGGAUGCAAAUUUGGAGUGUGCUGAGAUAGAUGACUCAUUCAUGCUUGUUGAUAAACUCCCUUUUGACGAAGAAAUGGAAGUUGAAUUAAAAGAUGAAUGCUCCCUACCUGAAACACAGUUUCCUCCUGCUAUUCUCUCUACCUCAACUCAACAGUUCAAUAGGAAAGGUGUAGUGUCUGCUGGGAAACAAGCUGGAAAGAAAAAGCUUCCAAAAAGGCCUCGUUACGGUGCUAGUGGGGCUAAUAGAAAGAGAGGGAGGACUCCCAAACAAGGAAGUAAAUUAAAGAAUAAAAGUCUCCCUCAACAUUAUCUUUCGGAUAAAGAAAAUCAGGCUGCAGCUGUGAUUAAUCCAGAAGACCUCAACAAACCAAUUGGUGAAGCUUUAAAGUCGAGUUUAGUAUUAUUUUCUACCGAUGAUCAGCGAUUAAAAGCAGAGGAUAUGUGUCGAUGUUGUGGAAGUAUUGGUCGAGGCGCCGAAGGUCAUUUAAUUCCUUGCUCUCAGUGUGGUCAAUGUUAUCAUCCUUACUGCGUUAAUGUUAAGAUCAACAAGGUGAUCAUCACUAAAGGAUGGCGAUGUUUAGAGUGUACAUUUUGCGAAGGUUGUGGUAAAGGCAGUGAUGAAGCGAGAUUAUUGUUGUGUGAUAGUUGUGAUAUUAGUUAUCAUACGUAUUGUCUCGAUCCUCCUCUUGAUCAUGUACCACAGGGUGGAUGGAAAUGCAAAUGGUGUGUUCAGUGUACUGUUUGUUCGAGGACAACUCCCGGGAAGUCGUGUAAAUGGAUGUCCAAUUACACAAUGUGUGGACCCUGUGCAAGUUUGACCACAUGUCCUAUAUGUAAAAGCUCGUAUAAAGUUGAUGAUCUUAUGAUCCAGUGUGUGGAGUGUGAAAGAUGGCUUCAUGCUUAUUGUGAUCAGUUCACAAAUGAAGAAGAUGUCGAACUUGCUGCGGAUGCGGGAUAUAAAUGUUAUUUUUGUCGUCCGAAAUCUCAGAAUUUAUUUGCAUUGACUUCAAACAGCUCUGUGGCAGCAACCUCUCGAUGGAGUCAUUCAUCCAUUAACACCAUCACUUCUGUUACGUCUUAUCGCUUUGGAUCAUUUGGACCUUCAUCCCCAAAAGCUACAUCUGUUCAACAUUAUCAUCCAGGCUCAGAAAGGAAACCAUUGCAUCCAGUUCAACAACAUGGCUCUAAAGGAACAAUAGAAAUGAGUCUAGCCAGUCGUAUUGCGCUCGGAAACACCGGAGAGAGCUGUUCGCCAUCAGCUAUAUCUCUUACGGAGAGCGGCAAAAAACACAUCGACGAGAAUAAACGAAUCGAUAAAGCUCUUAAGAAGAAAGUGAAGAAGCACAAGAUGAAGAAAUCUGAUUUAAACUCAUUCGAGCGAAAGGAUAAUAUCAGCUUGGAACGUAAAUCUGCAUCCAGAAUGACUUUCUCUGCUUUUUCUAACUGUGAUAUGGAAUGGCAUGGUCGUCAUGUGGUGAAUAAGAAGACUUUUAAGCAUAACGAAGCAAUGAAGGAAACUGUUUUUACUAAAUCUGACCAACUUAACUUUUUUGGACGGAGUUUAUUAAAGUCGAUCUCAAGAGGAAACGAAAAGAACAAGCGUUCCCAGUUAUCGUCAUCUUUGAAUGUUGUUGCUCAUGAUGAAGUUUCAAAAUGUGCUGACGAGUCCGUAAAUUCCAUCUGUUGGCCAUCAAUUUCAUCAUCUCCUGCUAUUCCAACAACAGCAUUUUCAUCCGAAUCUUUUGACAGCUUGCCUGCCGCUCCCGAUUUAAACCUACCUGACCCUGAUGUUUUAGUAAAUCAAUUGGGAAUGUUAGUAUCUGCUGCUGAGGGAGAGGCAAUGAACAACGAACAACCUACUUCAAAUCCAGAUGGACGCUUAGCGGCUAAUACACAUGUCACUUUUCACGAUGAAGCAUCUGUAUCUACGAGUGGGAAUGAUGCUCAAGAAACAACCCAAUCCAUGGCGUCAGAACAGCACCGUCAUUCUGCCCAUGACCUUGACAUUUUUGUUCCUCAUAAUGGUGAUCUGCCUAUGGUCGAUAGCCAGGAUAUUGAAGACUUUUUUUCUGGUAUAGAAAACGAGUUGAAUCAGCAACAAAGUGGUUUGAUAGCAGACCCAUUGUUAAGUUCAGUUGGGGUUUACGUCCCCCCAGUUUCUCAGCGUCCACCUCCACCUCCCUAUCCUCGUGUACCUGGUGAUUCUCAAUACAAUGAGGAAAUUCCUGGUCAUCCAAGGGCUGCAAUGUCGGUCAGCGCGCCACCCCAUUAUGUAAUGUCUGAAGAUGUCAAUGCUGCAACAAAUAUGGCAAGGUUGCAUCCAAAUGGUGCUCGAAUUGAGCCAGAGUUUGAGCAUAUUGAAGAUGAUUUCGGACCUCGCAGACCUCGUCCUGAAAGUCCUCGACCUGAUAGUCAUAAGCAAAUACUGAAAUGGCAGGAAGAUGAAAAGUUGGGAGAAAUGGCUACAAUCUCGCCUGUACUUUAUGCGAAUUUGAAUCAUCCCAAUUUAUCCAAUGAAUAUCCAGAAUGGACUCCGCGAUAUAGAGCUAUGUCAAGACUUUGGAGAAAAUUGACAACGGAGGAAAGGGAACCUUAUCGACACAGAGCAAGAGAUAAUCGCGUGAAAUUGAAAGAUCAGAUGAAGCGAAAUGGUAAAUUGCAGUCUAAUAAAGAACAAAAUAUGUUGUCAAAUCGCCAGUUGCCCGCAGAAAGUCAAGAUGCCGUUUUAAAUGGUUUAGCAAAUGAACAUCAGGCCAUCAUCAUGAGAAAUACAGAAAGUGAGAGACAAAAAAGUUCUCAAUACUCUGCAAUUUCAACUUCUGAUUUACCUAUAAACAAUCGCGACACUUCUGUGAUGCCAGAUACUUGUGAUAAAACUCAAGGAAUGGUUCAGCAAAUGUAUCCAUUGGCGUUACAGCAAAAUGAUGCUGCACCAAACAUGAAUUCAAACCAGAAGAAGGCUGAGAAGCUCACAAUUUCACCUCCUUUUGGUGAUGAACGCCCCAAAAAGGAAAAAACUCCAAAAAAGAACCGCAGUGAACGAGAUAAAGAGAAAGAAUUGAAGGACAAAAAGAAUCAAAUCUGGCAGGAGAGAGAGCGUGAAUGGAAGUUGUUGCAACAGCAGAGGCAACAAGAAAGUAAACGGCAACAACAGCAAAAUCCCGAGGGUUCUGCUAUGAGUAAAGUCUCGCGGGGAAAGCCAAGCAAAACACCAGAUUGGCGAAAACCCGUUUUUCGGAAUGAUUGCAAUGACGUCACUGGUAUGGGGGCGUCGAGUAGUAUUGAUAACACGGUUCAAAUACAGCUCUCAAACUACAUUUCAUCUAAAGCUGGAGAUAAGGAACAACAAAAUACUACGGCAGUUGCAAUGUCUCAAGCAAACAACAAUGGAAAUGAAGUCACAAUUUCUUGUCAUGCGCAGACGGUAGUUUCGUCAGCUUCGGUAACAUCUGUUGAAGAGCAAACUACUUAUUGGAUGCAAAAUUCAUCAGGCAAUUUAAGCAAUGCUGUUCCUAAUACGAAGGCGAUAGUCAUGACAAAUGAAGGACAAUCUCAAAAUUGGCUCGGCCAUCAUGAACAAUCGCUGCAACAUUCAGUGUUAAUGCUGCGUCAAAUGUCUUCGCCAUCACUGCAACAAAAUGAAAGUCAGGAAGAAGGUGAGCGUCAUGAACAAUCAGCUUUCAAUGCAUCAAAUAUUCAACAAAAUCCCCCCCAAACUCAAGCUAUUAAUGUCGCUAUUUCGCCCAUAACUGAAUCAAAUGUUUCCGAACCAGCAUCGGAAUACCCAUUAAUGAUGACGCAAGAAUUAUCAUCAUCACAAACGGAGAAAUUACACGAGCAAAAGCAACAGGAAGCGUUUCACAAGCAACAACAAAUACAGCAGUUACAAAAACAACAGCAACUUCAACAACAGGAAGUUUUACAACGUGAGCACCGUAAACAACUCGUUCUUGCUCAACAUCAACAGCAGGAAUAUAUUCAACGCCAGCUUAAAAAUCGUGGUUUUUCUCAACAUCAAAUGUACCCGAGCCCACAACCUCCUAGGCAGGCGAACCAGUUUACUACUUCAUCUAAAGAAAUGCCUGAAAUUGAUACCGAAGAAGAACAUCAAGAACGACUGCAGUUUCUGUAUCGACAGCGACAGAUGCAAAAGCGACUAAUGCAACUACAGCAACAAGCUUCGACUACACCAUCUCUGUGGAUGAAUAAUUCUGCACAUGUGAUGCAAGGAUUGUCCCAAGGAAUACCCUCCGACUCUGUUCAGCAGCGUCUCUUUAUCGAGCAACGAAUUAGUAUGGAAAAACGAGAGCAACAAAUAUCAAAUCCAUUUAACCAACAGACAUCCGUAUCAUUGGCUCCUGUUACAGAUCAAACUUCAAAGUUUAAUUUCCAUAAGAGUUCAAAUAGCAAUAGCAAUGAUUUUGAUUUCCCAACUCCAUCACAAGUGACACACACCUCCAUAAAUAUGUCAGCUAAUGUUACUCAAGCAGACGCUGCGAUAAAUGCCGACACAAAUACGCCUUCUCUUUUCUCCACAGUUACUUCUGGAAAGGUUCGACAAACUGCGCGUAAAGAUUCCAGGAAUUCAGCUGUGGAAUUUUCGUCUCAUUUAGGCCCAGAUUUCUCUAAUGCCUUAGAGAUUACACAACAACGAGAUGGCGUUUCGGUCAAUCAGUCAGGUAGGAGUCAAGGCGAUGUGGUAACUGUUGGCCAUGAAAUAUGCGUAACUUUAGAUGAAGGAAAUGCAAGACGUACUGAAUCAGCAGAGAAAGCUGAAAAUGAGAAGCAUGAAGUAACGAUUAAUCAAGCAACAAACGUGAACACUGGAAAAUCAUUGACUCAAGCUUAUGGUGCAUCUACCUCUAACUUUCUUGGUAAUACAAAUCAUCCUCAACUUGUAUUACCUCCUCCGCAACUUUCACUUUCGCCCCAACAGCAGCACAUUUUGCUGCAAGCCCAACAACAACAAUUGCUAUGGCAACAAGCACACACUCAAUUACAACACCAGUAUCAAAUGUUGUACCAGCAGCUUCAGCAGUUGCAGAUUCAACUGCAGCAAACACAAGAUCCCUCACUUCAUCAACGUGUUUUACGUCAACAACAGCAAUUGCGUUUUUUGCAGACUCAGAUAUUGCAACACUGGCAACAGGGGCAGGUAGUUGUUCAACAAAUUCAUUUGCAAGCAUUUGGUUUGAAUGCAUUGUUCAAUCAGAUGGAUUCUACCCAACAGAAGCACGUGCAAAUUUAUCAACAAGAACUUGUCCGUCAACAGCAGCAGUGGGCCCAAAAAUAUAGAGGGAUGGCUGAUAUUUUUAGUUCAAUCAAUGCUUUGCCGCAAGACAAUAGAAUACAAGCUAUUGCUGAGGAUAAACCAAAACGAAGCCGACGAUCUCGACAGAAAAUAAAGAAUCCUCCUAAAGAAUCCGAGCAUGCGGCAAGCACUUCGAGCAAUGAGUUAGUGAAAACUGAUCUGCAGACAAUUGAUUCUGGAGUGACCACACAAGAUAAGAUGCUGUUGACCAAGACAUCUGAUACAUUGAUGUCUGAAAAGACAAAUGAUGCACAGCAAUCGUCUCACGUACUGCCUCAAUUUGAAGCAGUGCGUACUAGUCCAACUGAACAGAUAGAAAAACAACAAGAACAGCAUCCGCAAUUUUUCAGUCUAGAUGUGCAGUCUUUGCAACCGGAAAAAUCUUUAUCUCAAGAACAGUCAUUACAACAACAACAUCCGUCCUUUCCACUUCAAUCGUCCUUGUCAGUUCAACAGUCUAUAUCUCAUCAACAGUGUUUAUCACAGAAGCCUCUAAUACAACAGCAUUCCAUGCCACAUCAACGGUUCUCGCCACAACAUUCUUUAUUACAACAGCAAUGUUCCAUACAGCAACUUGAAUUAUCUUCGCCUCACAAUGAACAACAUCACACGCAUGCUCAGCAGCAUCAGCAACUUAAGACACAACAACAACCUACAUUACAACAACAGUCCCAGCUGUCAAAGCAACGACAGCACACUUUAAAACAGGAACACGAACUGAGAGGAAAACCGGAAUCGCAAGACGUUGGAAAACAAUUUCGUGAUCAACAGAUUCAGCAAAUCGUGCAACAGAAAAUUCAACAACAACAAAUGCAACAAGAACAGUUCAACCAACAACAACGAAAUGAGAUACAUCAACCGCACAAUCAACAACCUCCUCGUUUACAUCAGCCUAUGAAACAACAGAUUGGUCCACAGAAAAACUUUCAAGCCAAUUAUCAACACGAUCAGCAGUUACUACAACGACAACACCACCAUCAGCAGGAUCAUCAACCACAACCUCAUCAACGAAAGAAACACUUUGAUCAAAAAAUUUCGCAACAACAAAUGGUCAGCCAUCAUGACGUACAAAACCUUUAUGAGCAAACGACACAGUUUUCUCAGCAUGGAGAACAGUCGCAGGUUUUACAACAACGGCAAUAUAGAGAGCAAUCGUCGGUAGACCACUUACAGCGUCAACUUUUACAAAAUCGUCCAUAUGAUAGUUCAUGCACUCAAUCUCAACCUACAACAUCGCAUCAAAAUCCACAAACUCCACUUUUUACUAAACCAGAUUCAGAUAAGCCACUCGAAUCACACAAAAGUUUGUCUUCUGCUGAACUUGGUGGUGUGUCAAGGGAUCAGAGUCAAAGAUCCUCCGUUGAUGUGGGCUGUGAGGAGCAGCCAGCGAACAACACGCAAACUAAAAAAGCACAAAAUCUCCUGGAAAUGAGCGAUUCUCCCAUUAAUUCUGUUGUAAAAACAGUUUCCUGUGUUAAACCUUUAGAGCAUACUAAUACAGACAGAGAAAAUGAAGUGCAAAGUAAUGCUCCUCAAGCUUUAGAAAAAUUGGAAAUGAUGGUUGCCGUGAUGGAUGUGGAAGCUAAAAAGACUGAAGCAGAGACUUUUCGAAGGGCCGAAGAAUCACAAAAUAAUGAUGUGUCAAAUAUGACAAUUAGCGAAAGUCUACCAACAGAUUCAUCGGUUGAAUUGGAAAACUCAACACGUAAUAUCUACAGUCCAUCGACAAUUGAUGUUAAUGUUGAUGAAAACCUAAAUAGAUCUGAGGCUAAUGCGAAAUGGCAUACUUCGGAAGAACAUAAUGAAAAAGAGAAAAUUUCUCAAAGCGUAUCCGUUAAUGAAUCUACGUCUCUGGAAAUGCCAGCUGUAAUCAUAACCGCUGAGACAACAAAACAAGAAUUAACUGCUCAAAAGCAUGAAUCUAAAGAUGAUGCACCUUCGUAUGGAAUGGUCAAUAGUGUGAAAUCUGAAGUCAAAAAUCAUGAGCUUAAUGAAAAUUUGUGGAUGAAACGCUCACCGCACAAUGAUGAUGGAGAUCAAAAGAUCUCAGUUGAAAAAAAGAGAGUGAAAAAUAGUUUCGACAGAAAACUUGGGAAAACGUCUCGUAGUCGCACUUCAAAAAGUAAGAAAUCAAAACUAACUGAUGAAGCUAUUGUACAGUCGUUAAAAGAGCUACCACCUUUGCAAUUAUGUGAACCGGAAUUCCUUAUGCCUAGUCUUAUCAUUCAGCCAUCAUUGAACGGUUUAACACGUGGCCAAACACAAUUUUGUGGCUCAUUUGGUCGGUCAAGUAUUGCUGGUAUUGAUGAUUACUACGCCAACCGUAAGUUUCCUGAUAUGAAAGUAUGUUUGAGUAACCCCCCAACUCCACCAACAUCUCUACCACCAUCACCCACGGUCCUCCAAAAUGCGUUAACAAAAGAACAAUGUUUGUAUGACAUGUUAGCUAAGCGUACACAUCACAACACAUCUAUGUUUCCAACUCCACCGUAUGGCGACUUUGUUGGCAGCGAUCCUAAAAACAUAUCAUCCAAAGAAAAAUCUGUUGACCAUUUGCACCGAUCGAGAGUUGGCACUCACGAUGAAACAUCUCGUGUGAUGGAUCUGCGAGUACAGAAUGAGAUGUAUCCAGCAUUUGUUAUUGAUAAAGGCUUGAGUAUACGCAGUAAGAGCAAUAAUUCCAUCAUCAAAGACUGCAAUUCUCGAAUAUGCGACGAUAUUAACGUGACGUUAACUAUCUCAGCCAUUUCUGAGAAGACAGUUCACGAAACGGUGAAUGCAAUCAGCGAGUUGAUCAAUGUUGAUGCUCCCAAAAGAUUAACGGUACAACAUCCAUCGAGAGCUGUUUAUUUAGAAACAAAACAGUUCAUUGAAACUUCACGCUUACAAGAGAACAAGAGUGGUAAUGAACUCAAUAACUCCGAAAGAAAAACGAAAAAUGCGGAGUGCGAAACUGAAGGACCUUACUGUAGACAUUGUGAUGUUGUUAUACUUGGUAUUGGCGUUGUAAAAAAUAAUACAGAUGAUAUUAAUCCUUCCGAUUAUAAUAAUGUCAAUAUUGAAGAUAAUUUGAGUCAGGAGAAAGAUAUAUUCUGUUCCAGCGCUUGUUUAAAGCAGUAUUAUUCAAUAGACAAUUCUACAGAAUCGACACCGAAUAAAGAGCCGUUGUUAUCUGCUGCUACUACUCCUAGUAUACCAAAUGGAAUUGCAAAGACAAAAGGCAUAGCGACUUCAGUUGAACUUGUUAAUGAAUAUGACGAGAGAAUGGAAGAAAGUAGAAAUGCUGUUGCGAAACGCCCGUCUCAUACAUCUGAUGGUAAAUGUCAUGAAAAAUCACAAGAAGAUCACGAGGUAAAAGAAAAACGCUCCAAAAGAUUGAAGUGGCGAAGAUGGAAAGAACCAUUAUUAACGAGAACCAAACCAAACAAAGACGAGGAAGAUGCGGAAACAUUUCAGCUUUUAGUCCAACAUGGACUAUUGACAAAAACGACAAAAACAGAAAAAGACAGGAGACGCUGUGUCUUGUGUUCACAAUUUGGUGAUGGAGAAACAGAUGGAACUGCCAGGUUACUGAAUGUUGAUUUGGACUCCUGGGUGCAUUUGAAUUGUGCGUUGUGGUCUCAUGAAGUAUAUGAAACUCAAAAUGGUGCGUUGAUGAAUGUAGAGGAUGCAAUCAAGCGAGGAGAAAGAAAGGAAUGUGUCGUUUGUCGCAAGAAAGGUGCUACAAUUGUGUGUAGUAAGCUUGUCGGGGUUUGUUUAGUAAACUGCAGUAACUGCUAUCAUUUCCAAUGUGCCAGAAACGUUGGCUGCUUGUUUUUCAAAGAUAAGACUGUUUUGUGUCCUAAACAUCAGACUGAUUACAUCAAAGAAAAUAUUCUACCAUCACAUGCUGUUUUCAGAAAGGUGUUUAUUAAUCGUCAAGAAAUUGAACAAGUUGCAAAGAUGCUGAGUCAUAAUCAAACAAGUGAAAAACCUUACUCCUUUAGAAUAGGAAAUUUGAUUUUAAACUCUGUUGGUCAGUUACUUCCUCAUCAAGUGCAAGCAUUUCAUACUCGUGAUUCUGUUUAUCCUGUUGGUUUUUCGACAACUCGCAUCUAUUGGAGCAUGCGUGUCGUUGGUCAGCGGUGUCGGUAUAUAUGUGAUGUCAAGGAUGUUGACGGUGUUCCACAUUUUGUUGUCAAGAUUGAAGAAGGAGGGUAUAAAGACGUGACAUUUGACGGCAGAACUCCAAGAGAUGCGUGGAUGAAAAUACUAGAGCCUAUGGAAAGUCAACGUAAAGAGACGAAUCGAGUCAAACUGUUUCCUGCUCAUAUCACUGGAGAGGACUUAUUUGGUCUCUCGGAACCUCUCAUUGUUCGCAUUGUAGAGUCGAUGCCUGGAGUUGACCAAAUGCAAGGUUACAAUAUGCGGUAUGGUCGCUCUCCGAUAAUGGAAUUACCAUUAGCAAUCAAUCCUACUGGUUGUGCACGCUCAGAACCUCUUUUGAGGACUCAUUUCAAAAGACCGGCAAGAGCUCGUCGCUCAACAAAGAAUGCUUCAUCGGCAACGACUGUGGUAGCUCAUCAGCCAGAAGAACUGAACAGCAGUGUCUACUCAAAACAAUUUGCUCAUUCGAAAACUCAACAAUAUCGUAAAUUGAAGUGUGAAUGGAGAUCCAAUGUACUUCUUGGUAGAUCACGCAUUCAGGGGCUUGGUUUGUUUGCAAAUAGAGAUCUUGAUGCGAAUAGCAUGGUGAUUGAAUACAUCGGCUCAAUAAUCAGAAACGAAGUUGCGAAUAAACGAGAACGAAUCUAUGAGUCUCAGAACCAUGGAGUGUACAUGUUUCGUAUUGAUAACGACAGCGUGAUUGAUGCUACAAUUGCUGGAGGGCCUGCGCGUUAUAUCAACCAUUCAUGUCAACCAAACUGCGUUGCUGAAGUUGUCAGGUUUGAACGUGAACAAAAAAUCAUCAUCAUAUCGAAUAGACGAAUUGAAAAAGGAGAGGAAUUGACCUACGACUAUAAAUUUGAUUUUGAAGACGAUCAACACAAAAUUCCUUGUUUAUGUGGGGCUGUGAACUGUCGAAAAUGGAUGAAUUAAUUUUACUGUCUUGUUGAUUUUAUCCAUUAUUUAUUGUUUAUUUAUUCGAAAUCAUGCAAAAAGAAAUGUAAUGAACAAUUUGAGUCAAGUUGAUGCAUCGAAAUGAUAGGAAAGUAGUAGUUUUAAUAAGCUUUAUUGUACAGUUCUAACGAAAUGUAGUAUUUUUUAAAAGAUGUUUUCGCCAAUUGUACAUUUUUACAAAGAUAAAUUAUUUAUUCAUGAAUAGAUAUGGCUUGUGUAAUGUUUGGUUUGCCAAGGAUAAUUGGCUAAUUGCGUGGAUCUUAUACAAUACAUUCAAUACGAAUUACGAAUAAACUAUAUGAAUUUCA